AUGACGUUGUGCCUCAACCUCCCGGCACACCACUUCCCGCAGCGUGUAGCAGACGUGGGAUCGAGCCAUUUCUGCCUGGCGCACCACACCGAAAUGCUACAACCGAAAUGGGGAAGACGAGAGACUUACACCUUGGUGGCAACUGCCAGUGGCAUGCUGGCCAAGUCGACCACUUAG